AUGGAGAAACAUGACUGGGCAGCACUGCCCCGCGACAUCCUGCUGGAGAUCCUGGGCCGGCUCCGGCAAGUUGACGUCCUCCGCGGCGCGGGACUCGCGUGCGCGUCGUGGUGGCGCGCCGCCGUCGAGGAGCCCGCGCUGUGGCGGACUAUUGACGUCGCCUUCAACGAGGAGGAUCACAUCAACCAGCAAGCCUAUGAGGCACGUCUGGCCAUGGCGCGGGCUGCCGUGGACCGUAGCGCCAGCCAGUGCGAGUCCUUCCGCGGCGUUGCUGACGGCGACCUCCUAGCCUACCUCACCGCCAGGGCGCCGUCGCUAAGGAGUCUCCACUUGACCGGCCGCUUCCUCUUUUCCACGCUGCUCGGGCUUCUCGAACAGUACUGCCCCCGUCUCGAGGUGCUCGACGCCGACGACUGCGUCACCGACGAGCCAACAGGGUGGCGCGUGCUGUUCAGGUGGCAUCGGAAGCUGAAGGUCUUCCGUGGGCCGUCACUGCCGUACUUCUUUUCCAUGGCACCCGUGGUGGCAUCGGCAAAGUCAAGGAUUAUAUGA